AUGGCGGAUCAGGUCACUUUGCAGUCUGCGGUGAGAGUGCCCACACCCCCUCCAGUCGCAUUUUCACCAUCGGCUGUUCCUCGAAAACGCUCACCUCCCUCUCGCUCACCCUCUCCCAAUCGACGUCGCUCACCUCCAGGUGAUGCGCUUAGAAAUGAUUCGAAUGUAUCUGGUUUGGAUCGGGACCGCGCCCUUGAUAGAGAGCGCCUCCUCACUGAGCGAGUGCGCGAACAUGAGAAGAAAGAGGCUGCUCGCAAGCCAAUGACAGAGGAGGAGAAACAGGCAUCUGCGAAGGCUGAAUAUGACAAGCUCAUUAAUAUGCGGUCAGGCGGUACCUACAUUCCCCCAGCUCGACUCCGCGCGCUGCAGGCCCAGAUUACGGACAAGACGAGCAAAGAGUACCAGCGAAUGGCUUGGGAGGCUUUGAAGAAGUCCAUCAACGGUCUUAUCAACAAGGUCAACGUCGCCAACAUCAAAUACAUUGUUCCAGAGCUGUUCGGAGAAAACCUAGUCCGAGGACGAGGUCUCUUCUGCCGCUCCAUUAUGAAGGCGCAAGCCGCGAGUUUGCCCUUUACGCCCAUUUACGCCGCCAUGGUGGCCAUUGUAAACACCAAGUUGCCGCAGGUCGGAGAUCUGCUGUUGUCCCGCUUGAUCAUUCAGUUCCGCAAAGCAUUCAAGAGAAACGACAAGGCAGUCUGUUUCUCCUCUUCGACAUUCAUUGCACAUCUCUGUAACAACCAGGUGGCACACGAGUCGCUUGCUGCCCAGAUUCUUUUGCUUCUUCUUCACAAUCCGACUGACGACAGCGUGGAAAUCGCCGUUAGUUUGACAAGAGAGGUUGGCCAGCACAUACAUGAAAUGAAUGCACCAAUUGGAAAUGCGGUUUUUGACCAGUUUCGAAACAUCCUCCAUGAAGCCGACCUCCAGAAGCGUACGCAAUAUAUGAUUGAAGUCCUGUUCCAAGUGCGCAAGGACGGGUUUAAGGACCACCCGCCAGUCAAGGAGGAGCUUGACUUGGUAGAAGAAGAAGAUCAGAUCACUCAUCAACUGGGCUUGGAUGACGACCUUGAGACCCAAGACACCCUUAAUAUCUUCAAAUUCGAUCCUGAAUGGGAAGAGCAUGAAGAAGCAUACAUGAAGUUGAAGGCCGAAAUCCUCGGCGAGGGCAGUGACGAUGACGACGAGGACGAAGAGGAUGAGAGCUCCGACGAGGAAUCGGACACCGAAGAGAAGAAGUUGGAUAUUAAAGAUCAGAGUAACACCGACCUUGUUAACCUGCGCCGAACUAUUUAUCUCACAAUCAUGUCGAGUCUCGACUUUGAGGAAUGCUGUCACAAGCUGAUGAAGAUCAAGCUUCCCGCAGGCCUGGAAGAAGAGCUACCGUCAAUGAUCAUCGAGUGUUGCUCCCAGGAACGCACAUAUACUAAGUUCUUUGGUCUGAUCGGAGAACGAUUUGCCAAGAUCAACCGACUCUGGUCAGAUUUAUUCGAGGCCUCGUUUGCCAAAUAUUACGAUACAAUUCAUCGCUAUGAAACCAACCGUCUGCGCAAUAUCGCUCGAUUCUUCGGACACAUGCUCUGUAGCGACGCCCUCGGAUGGCAUGUCUUGUCCGUCAUCCAUCUUAAUGAAGAAGAGACCACCUCAAGCAGCCGUAUCUUUAUCAAGAUCCUCUUCCAGGAUCUUGCAGAGCAACUCGGCAUGCCCGCUCUUCAUGCCCGCUUCCGGGACGAGAUUCUGCGACCAAGCUUCGAGGGUCUCUUCCCAACUGAAAACACACGUCACAGUCGAUUCUCUAUCAACUAUUUUACCAGCAUUGGUAUGGGUGCGUUGACCGAGGAUAUGCGCGAGCACAUUAAGAAUAUGCCUAAGCCCGCUUUGCCCGCCUUGCCUGCUGCUCGAUCACCAUCUCGUUCUUCAUCUGUGCGUCUCGGUCUCGACUGCGGUCACGCUCCCGUUCAUAUUCGCGUUCUCCAUCUGUUCGGUCACACUCGACGGGGUGUUCCACAUGCACUCCUCAUUCCAAGUCUCGUUCGCGGUCUCGAUCACGGUCAUAUUCUCGAUCGCGGACAUAUUCUCGAUCUCGAUCUCGAUCUCGAUCGCGAUCAUAUUCUCGCUCACGGUCAUAUUCUCGCUCGCGGUCACCCGCUCGUCGGGACCGUCGUGAUAUCUCGCGGUCUCCCGUUCGUCAGGACCGUCGUGAUGUCUCGCGUGGUCGAUCUCGUGAGAUAUCACGCUCGCAGUCUCCCGUUCGUCGGGGCCGUAGUAGAUCUUAGGUUGUUUAAGAUCUCCUGUUUGUCGUAG